AGCCGCUUCCCUUUCUCAAUCCUUAUCGACCUGUGACGGGGUGAGCAGCAGAUGAAAGAGGGGCCAAACCUAGCUGGAGGCCGGUUUCUCGGGACUUCGGCCUCUCGUGGCCUCUGCUGUGCCCCCGAGGAGGAGGCAAUGGCCCCCGGAGUGACCGCCAGACCAUGCGAGGAUUUGCAGUUUCUAAACCAGAUGUCAUCCACCAGUUGGAAAGAAAGGAAGCAUCUUGGAUACGAAAGGCAGAUAUUCCAAGAAGCAGCUGUCCAGAGAGCAAAGAAUUUAAUGGAAAGAAACCUUAUGUAUGUAGUGAAUGUGGAAAAGCCUUCAGAAGGAGAGCACAUCUUACUGUGCAUCAGAGAAUUCAUACUGGAGACAUUCUUUAUGAAUGUAAGGAGUGUGGGAAGGCUUUUCACUACAACUCAGCACUUAUUCUACAUCAAAGAAUUCAUACUGGGGAGAAACCUUAUGAAUGUACUGAAUGUGAUAAGGCUUUCAGGAGUAAAACACAACUUACUGUGCACCAGAGAAUUCACACUGGAGAGAUUCUUUAUGAAUGUAAGGAAUGUGGAAAGACUUUUCACUAUAAUUCAGAACUUAUUCGACAUCAAAGAAUUCAUACAGGAGAGAAACCUUAUGAAUGUACUGUAUGUGGGAAGGCCUUUAGGAGGAAGCCACAUCUUACAGUGCAUCAGAGAAUUCAUACUGGGGAGAAACCUUAUGAAUGUACUGAAUGUGGAAAGGCCUUCAAGAGGAAGGCACAACUUACUGUGCAUCAGAAAAUUCAUACUGGAGAUAUUCUUUUUGAAUGUAAGGAGUGUGGGAAAGCUUUCCAUUACAACUCAGCACUUAUUCUACAUCAGAGAAUUCAUACUGGGGAAAAGCCUUAUGAAUGUAGUGUAUGUGGGAAGGCCUUCAGGAUGAAGGCACGUCUUACUGUGCAUCAGAGAAUUCAUACUGGAGAGGUACUUUAUGAAUGUAAGGAAUGUGGGAAGACUUUCCACUACAACUCAGAACUUAUUCCACAUCAAAGAAUUCAUACAGGAGAGAAACCUUAUGAAUGUGUUGUGUGUGGAAAGGCCUUCCGCCGGACUGUAGAUCUUACUCAACAUCAAAGUAUUCAUACUGGAGAAAGACCUUAUGAAUGUAAUGAAUGUGGGAAGACCUUCACGCUGAAGAAAUAUCUUGUUCAGCAUCAACGAAUUCAUUCUGGAUAGAAAGUUUUUGAGUGUAAUGUAUGUAGGAAGUCCUUUAGACCAAGAACAGUAUUUUAUGUUCAUCAGAAUUCAUCCUGUAGAGACUCUUCAUAAAUGUAAGGAAUAUGGGAAAGCCUUUCAUCAUGAUUCAGAUCUUAUUAGAUACAAAAGAAUUCAUUCUGGAAAGAAACCUUAUGAAUUUAGUGAAUUUGGGAAGGUCUUCAGGAGGAAGGGACUUCUUACCUGUUUUAGAGAAUUCAUAAUGAAGAGAAACCUAUAUGAAUCAGAAUAUUUAUUCUGGAGAUAAGUAUUAUGAAUGUGAGAAGAUUUUUAGACUAAGAACCAAUCAAGGAAUUCAGGUGCUUUCUUCUGUGCCUCUGAUUGACAGUAUACUUAUGGCUGGGCUCCCAGGCUGGUAUGCCUUGAAAGUCACCACUAGAAUGAGACUUUGGCAUAAUGUGGUCUGGCAGCAGCCUUGGAACAACAAAAUCCACUGUGGCAGCAGCCUUGCUUGAGUCUUGACGUCUGCCCAGAAAAAAAAGGCAGAAAAUGGCAUACAAGGAGCUUUUUUUGCUUCUCUACAACAAAAUGGUAACCAGCAUCUACAAAUUUACAGAGCAGGGGCAGUUGGAAAAUAGAAGAUGCAUUACUAAGCUGGAGAACAUGGCUUUUAGGAUGGGACAAUGCUUAAUAGAUUUACAAAGGACAUUACAAGACUCAAGAAUGAAUUAGAUAUUACAAAGUUCAUUUGCAAGGUUCUGGGGACCAAUGUUUUCAGUAAAACUAUAAGGCCAAAUCAUCAGGUUAUCUAUAUGCUUCAAGACAACAGAUUUUUGACUCCUGACUCAGAUGUUUUCAGGAAAAUGGUAUUUAGAUCACGCACCUAAGUAUUUACAUUUACAUGUGACUUAAUCGAACAUUUUUUUUUUUUAUCAAAUAUGGGGAUAAAAAAGUAUUUAGACAGCUGAAGUGUCAGCAGUGCCACCAUGUAAAUUUCAAGUGAUGAUACAGAAAAUAUAGCAUGCAUUCAAAUGCUUUUACAGUGUAAGGAGAUUAAAUUAUUGAUGUAUCAAGAUUUUUGAGUAGUAACUUUUGACUGACUGAAGUUGGCAUAAGUUUCUAUGAUACAUUGAUUCAUGUAAGCUUUGUUACUUUAUUUCAUGUUUUAAUACCUACUUUCAAGUGAGAGUAUCAUAAUAUAGUAUAUGUAUCAUCUGAUGGAAUGGGAGAAUAUCAAAGAAAAUUUUACUGAGACAUCAUAUACUGUAGCUAGCUCUAUUACAGUCUGCCAAAUGCAACUUUAUUUCAUUAAAAAAAUUAUUAAAUAAGCACAGAAACCAAGUAACAACUUUUCUUCAUGCUUCUACUUCAGUAGUUUCUGCUAUUUAUUUGGCAUUAAAAAGGAGGGUAAAAUUAAAAUCUUAGUGAAUUUACCAGGAAGAAAAAGUUACAUCAUUUAUAUCUGAUUUUUUCAGAUUCAGAUUCAGACUAAGUGGAUUUUUUAGAAGUUGGAGUAUGUGUUAAGAUUAACUUAAACGAUAUUAUAAAUGACACUGGGAUAAUAUUUGUUCUUAGUAAAAAGCAAGUUUCAUAUUUUUGUGAAGGGACUCUGCAUUUAAGUCUGGUCAUAGGGUGGCAAAAAUUAGUAGAAGAUUUCUAAGAUUAGCAAGGGUGAAAAGAAGGGAACUGAAAGAACCUGGAGAAAGAAAAUAAGUUGAAGGAUUGGCUAAUAGAUUAGAAAAAUGGUUAAAGCACUAUAUUUUCUAUAAAUACUUGAGACUAAACAGGAUGACUUUUCAUAUACAAAAGGUUACUUGUCCAAGUCAAUUUCACCACAUUCAGCUAAUGAAUAAUUGAGAAUGUCCAUUUUUUAACUAUACCAGUUAACAGGAACUUUCAGGUCCAACAUUUUUAAACAUGUUACAUGUGUCCUUUGCAUUGUGCCUCCAUGGGUUUACCAAUAGUACGCACCAAAUAUUGUUUGAUUUCAAGUAAAAAUCAAAGAAUUCACCCUGGACUGUAGUGGGAAGACCUUCCUAUGGAUUGUAAAUCUUAUUCAAUAUCAGAUCAUUCAUAGUGGAGCAAGACCUUAUGAAUAAACUAUAUAUGGGAAGAUCUUCAGAUGGAGGACAUGGUUUCCUAAGAAACAGCAUUCAUUCUGUGGAGAAAACUGAUGAAUAUAAUCAUAAUCAGGUACUACAAUGUGUUCAGCCACGCCCCGAUUGAUCAAUAGCUGCUAUAAAUAGUUUUAAAUAUGUCAGUCCUUUUCCUUUUAAAAAAAAUCUCUUUAAGUUAAAGUGUUUUUUCUAGUCAGAGGGUAUGCAUGAUUUUAUAACCCUUUGGACAUAGUUCUAAACAGCUCUCUAGAGUAAUUGGAUCCGUUCACAACUUCACCAUUAGUGCAUCCCAGUUUUCCCACAUUCCUUCCAACAUUUACCAUUUUUCUUUUCCUGUCAUAUUACCCAAUCUGAUGGGUGUAAAGUAGUACUUUGAAGUUCUUUUAAUUUGCAUUUCUCUAAUCAUAGGAAUUUUGGAGCAUUUUUUCAUAUGACUAUAAGUAACUUGUAUUUCUUCUUCUGAAAAAUGCCUUUUUGUAUCUUUUAACCUCAACUGGGGAUUGACUUGUGUUCAUAAAAAUUUGAGUCAGGGGAAGCUAGUUGGUGUAGUGGUUAGAGCAUCAGCCCUGAAUUCAAGAGGACCUGAGUUCAAAUCUGGCCUCAGACACUUAACACUUCCUGACUGUGUGACCCUGGUCAAGUCACUUAAUCCCAGUUGCCUCAGCAAAAAAAAAUAAAUAAAUAAAAAUUGAGUCAGUUCUCUGUAUAUUUGAAAAAUUAGACCUUUAUCGGAAAAUUUUGCUAUAAAAAAUUUCCCUAAUUUCUGCUUUCUUUCUAAUCUUGGCUGUAAUUGGUUUUGUUUGGGCAAAAGAAAAAAAAUCAUUUAAUGUAAUUAAAAUUGUGUAUUUUAUCUCCUGUGAUCUUCUCUAUCUCUUAUUUUGUCAUAAAUUCUUCCAUUAUCCCAGACAGUCUUUUCUAGUUCUAAGUAAAGCUUAUUUCUUUAUUCCACAAAGUGGAUAUUGGCCAAAAAUUGUUUUUCAGAGCUAGAAAUAAUAACAAAAUUCACUUAGAAGAACAAAAAAUUAAGAAUAUCAAAGGAAUCAUUGAAUAGAAAUGUAAAAGAAGUUAAUCCAGUAGCAUCCAAUCUCUCUAUUAUAAAGCAGUUAUCUAGAUAGAUGGAUGGAUGGAUGGAUAAAUAAGCAAAAAAUCCAAAACACAUAGUAUUGGCUAAAAAUCAGAAUAAAAUUGGCUAAGAAUUAGAUCAGUGGAAUAGAUUAGGUAUACAGUAUGCUUUACUAAAUGAUCUUAGUGAUCUAGUAUUUCAUAAAUGCAAAUUUUUAAACAUUUGAAACAACCAUUUGACUAGAAAGCAGUUUGGCAGAAACUAAAACAUAGGCCAACAAUUCACAGCUUCACUAUGAUGAAGUCAAAAAGAGUAUAUGAUUUAGAUACCAAUAGUGCCUCCAUACAAGUCCAAAAAGCAAUGAUUAUUUGCCUCUCCCUUCCAUUUACUUUUACAUCUCUCCCACCCGCCCCUAAGUCCAAGAAUCAACGUCAGUUCAAAAUCUUGAGGUUCUCUGAUUGAUAAUAACAGUAACAAGAAGGGUAGGCCAUUUCUAUUCACAGAUUCCUUUGAUAUUCUUGAUCUUUUAUUCCUCCAAGUGAAUUUUCUUACUGUUAUUUUCUAGCUAUGAAAAAUAAUUUUUGGUAGUUUGGCAAUCCUUUGGUAGUUUGAUUGGUAUGUCAUUGAACAAGUAGACUAAUUUAGGCAGAAUUGUCAUUUUUAUUAUAUUAGUUAAUAAUAAUAUAUUAUUAUAUUAAUUAUAUUAUAAUAAUUAGUAUAUUAUAUCUGUGAGUAAUUGAUAUUUUUCCAAUUGUUUAGAUCUGAUUUGUUUUGUGUAAAAAGUGUUUUGUAAUUGUGUUCAUAUAGUUCUUGGGUUUAUCUUGGCAGGUAGGCCCCCAAAUACUUUAUUUUGUCUGCGUUAUUCUAAAUGGAACUUCUCUUUCUAUUUCUUGCUGCUGGACUUUAUUAACAAUAUAUAGAAAUGCUAAUGAUUUGUAUGUAUUUAUUUUAUAUCCUGCAAUUUUUUUGAAGUUGUUAUUUUUUCACUUAGUCUUUUAAUUGAUUCUCAUUUAAUUGAUUUAAUUGAUUUCUCUAAGUAUAGCAUCAUAUCUUAUCAUCUGCAAGGCAAUAGUUUUGUUUCUUCAUCAUGUGUUCUAAUUUCUUCAAUUUUUUUCUUAAAUCUUAUUGCUAUAUUUGGCAUUUUUAGCAUAAGACUGAAUAAGAGGCACCUCAAUCUAAUUGAGAGGCUUUUAGAUUAUCCCUAUUAUAGAUAAUGUUUGCUGAUGAUUUUAAAUAGCUAUCCCUUAUCAAUAUUCCUUAUUACUUUAAGGAAAGCUCUUUUUAUUCCUAGGCUUUCUAGUGUUUUUAAUAGGAAUGAAUUUAAUAUUCAUUUUGUCCAAUGGUUUUGCUGUAUCUGUUGAGAUAAUUAUAUGAUUUUUUUUCCUUAUUGAUGUGAUCAGUUAUGCUGGUUUUCCUAAUCUUGAAUCAACUCCACAUUCCUGGUAUUAGUCCCAUCUGGUCAUAGGGUGAUCUUUAUGAUAUAUUGCUGUAAUCUUCUUGCUAGCAUUUUAUUUAAAAUCUUUCCAUCAAUAUUCACUAGAGAAAUUGGUCUAUGGUUUUCUUUUUCAGUUUUGCCUCCUCCUGGGGUCCAUAGCAGCACCAUAUUGUGUCAUUAAAGGAAAUGAGUAUGCUUUUUUUGCCUAUUUUUCCAAAUAGUUUAUAGAGUAUUUUUUUUCUCUUUUUUUGCAAGGGAAUUGAGGUUAAAGUGACUUGCCCAGGGUCACAAAGCUAGUGAGUAUUAAGUGUCUAAGGCUAGAUUUGAACUCAGGGUCUUCCUUACUCCAGGGUCAGUGCUUUCUCCACUGUGUCAUCAAGCUGCCUCUAGUUUACAUAGUAUUAGAAUUAAUUGUUCUUUAAGUGUUUAAUAGAAUUCACUUAUGAACCCAGCUGGUCCUGGUAGUUUUUUCAUAAGGAGUUCAUUGAUAGCUUGUUCAAUUUCUUUUUCUAAAAUAGGGUUAAGUCCCAGUAGUAAAUGUUUGAUUUGUAUACCUACUUUAUAUUCCUGCAUACUCAAGGUCUUGUAAAAAUUUCUCUGGCAUAAAAGGGUCAUGCGUGGAAAAAGUUUAAAAAGUCCUGAUACAAGUAUUCUAUUAGCUCUUAUGGUAAUCUGAGCAAUUUUUGUAAAUGUUUAUCUGUUUUACUUAAAUUAUCAAAUUUCUUGCAUAUAAUUGAGCAAAUAGCUCCUAAUAAUUAUGUUAAUGUCUUCAUUUGUAGUAAAUUUACCUUUAUCAUUUCUGAUACUACUAAUUUGGUUUUCUUUUAUCUUUUUUAUAAGCAAAUUAGCCAAUGGUAUAUCUAUUUUAUUGGGGUUUUAUUUUUUCAUAAAACCAGCUAUUUAUUUAUUAAAUAAAUAGUGUUCUUACUUUCAA